ACUUUUUUUUACUGUACGUUUUACUCCCUUUUUUUUAGUAGCCUAUAAAGCAGCACAACCCAAGAUUCUAGUUAAGGAUUUCUGGGUAACCAUAAAAACAUCUGGCCAUUUUUUCCCACACGCGGAGAAAAAGAUCUGCAAAACAUGAAUGUACUUUUUUUGAAUAGUUCCCAAAAUUAAGUAAAUAUGCAAUUUUGUUUUACAAAAGGUAAAAUAGCUCAUUUUUGGAUUUUCUAUGGUAUGUAUGGAUCCAAGGAUCAAACUAGAUGGAGGAAGGAAAGCAGCUAAUCAAAUACAUAAUGUGGUAUUCCAGCUAGCAGAAUCAGAAGAAACUGCCCUUAACAAUUGAUUGGCCAAGCUCUUUGGAGGUCCUUUGAGGAGACAAACUAGCCCCAUAAAGGCAGUGGGAAAAUACAAAUGCAGAAAAGCACACAGGGUUAUCAAAGGCAUGGCAGCGACAGACAUAAUCUUUCAGAGAGAUUCUGGUUUCCAUGUAUUGGAAACAAGCCCAAUAUUGUAAUUUCAGCUGUUACCUUCUUCAUUCUCCUUGGGUUCUUUUUGUACUUAUGGGCAGUCAUGCUAGGUGCAACUAAAGAUGUAAAUAAGGAAAAUCUUACCCGAGCCCGGGAAUUUCCAUUGAAUUGCUUAUCUGGGAGCCACACACGAACAUGCCCAAAAGAUUACUACCCACCAGACAAUGAAAUUCCUAAUGAAACGCCUCCAUCAAUAGCUCAUAAUUGCCCACAUUACUUCCGUUGGAUCUAUGAAGAUUUAAAGCCGUGGAAGGAAACCGGGAUAACUAGAGAAAUGGUUGAGAGAGCCAACAAGACAGCCAAUUUCAGGCUAGUAAUAUUGAAUGGGAGGGCAUAUGUAGAGACAUAUAAAAAGGCUUUUCAAACUAGAGACAUUUUUACUCUAUGGGGCAUUCUACAGUUGUUAAGAAGGUACCCCGGUAAGGUGGCUGAUGUUGACCUCAUGUUUGAUUGUGUAGAUUGGCCCGUAAUCAAAUCAAGUGAUUAUCUUGAGCCCGACUCUCCCGCUCCACCACCAUUGUUCCGAUAUUGUGGGGAUGAUGAGACCUUGGAUAUUGUUUUCCCUGAUUGGUCCUUCUGGGGAUGGCCUGAAGUCAACUUAAGGCCAUGGGAGGUCUUGCAAAAGGACCUAACUGAGGGGAAUAAAAAGGUAAGAUGGUUAGAUAGGGAGCCUUAUGCUUACUGGAAAGGUAAUCCUAAAGUCACUGAGAAAAGGAUGAACCUCCUCAAGUGCAAUGUCUCUGAUAAUCAGGACUGGAGUGCUCGUGUUUACACACAGGACUGGGACAAAGCAUCUGGACAAGGAUACAACGAUUCGGGCUUGGCGGGGCAAUGUAAACAUAGGUAUAAAAUUUAUAUUGAAGGAUCUGCAUGGUCUGUGAGCGAAAAGUAUAUUCUGGCAUGCAAUUCAGUCACAUUAUUAGUAAGGCCACAUUACUAUGAUUUCUUCUCAAGAAGUUUGAAACCAGUACACCAUUACUGGCCUAUUAGGGAAAGUGACACAUGCAAAUCAAUUAAGUUUGCUGUUGAUUGGGGCAAUAGCCACAAGAAAAAGGCGCAGGAAAUGGGCAGCGCUGCAAGUGCUUUCAUAGAAGAGGAACUAAAGAUGGGGUUUGUGUAUGAUUACAUGUUUCAUCUGUUGAACCAAUAUGCUAAGCUGCUAAGGUACAAGCCCAGAAUACCUCAAAACGGCAGAGAACUUUGCUCUGAGCUAAUGGCUUGCCCUGCACAAGGAUUAGAGAAGGAACUGAUGCUAGAAUCUCUGAUCCAUGGACCGGCAGUCACAAACCCAUGUUUCCUUCCCAUUCCAUUCUAUGAGUCAGAGCUGGAUACGUUGCAUAGACAGAAAGCUUCUACCAUACAGCAAGUAGAGCAAUGGGAGAGUAAAUUCUG